GCUGACUGGUCGAACUAAAAUAUUGAAUCGCCUUUCGUGUGCUUGUUGGUGAUGCUCUGGCACACCUCUGCUGGAACGAUGCGCGUAUUUUCGUACGACAUAUCGAAGGAGAUGUCCGCGUAGUGAUCGCUUCGUGGAGACGCGCGAAGGGGUUCGCAGUUCGAUAAAUCCGCUUGAGAAGUCGAUCAGUCAACGAGGUCCGUCGUUCGCCAUGGACAGGAGAAAAAUGUCUACUGCAGGGGAUUCCCUUUACCAAAUUUUGGAAAUCCCAAAAACUGCCACUUCUGAGGAGAUCAAGAAGACAUAUAGAAAAUUGGCGUUGAAGUAUCAUCCUGACAAGAAUCCCAACAAUCCUGAGGCAGCUGAAAAGUUUAAAGAAAUAAACAGGGCACAUGCGAUACUCACGGAUCUAACAAAGCGUAACAUAUAUGACAAUUAUGGAUCUCUUGGUUUGUAUGUUGCGGAACAGUUUGGAGAAGAAAACGUUAAUGCUUACUUUGUUGUCACUUCUGGAUGGUGUAAGGCGCUGUUCCUGUUUUGUGGACUAAUCACCGCUUGUUACUGUUGUUGCUGUUGUUGUUGCUGUUGCAAUUUCUGUUGCGGUAAAUGUAAACCGACUCCCCCGGAGGAUAGCGGCGCAUACCAUAAUUUACAGCGGAACCUGAAUCCAGAGGCUGAUGUUGUGACAAAUCAACCGCGAGGUUUGGGCAAGGAAGAGGAGAGCGACGAGGACGCUGUGACGGCUCAACCGCAGAGCGGCGCAUCGCAAAACGCGUCCAACGUACAGCAGCCUAUAUUCGCCAUGCCCGCGCCGGGAUCAGCGGCGCCGACGACUACGGUUAACGAAAACACGAAUCUAAACAGCGGCGGCGAUCGUGUGAUUUAUACCACUGCGGCUGCCACAAAUCCAUUCAUAGGAGCGAAUGCAGCCACGAGCGACACCGGACCAACCAGAUGGUAGACUGAACACGUGGAAAAGCCAUCGCGAGCACUGAUUCAUACUUAUAGCGCCGAGUCCCUACGAAUAGCUCAUCGACACACGGUAGAUCAUAAUAACUACGUUCAUUGUCUCUCGGUAGGGUAGUCUGCGAUCGGUUUGAUGUAACGAAUCCUUCUUUCUUCUUCUAUUUUCUUUCCACGAGCGGAUCUCGCCAGGCCCUCGUUAUCCUACAGAUAAUUAUCGUGCACUCUUUUUUUUAAUUAAUUUUUAUCUUUUGCAGGAUCUUUUUGAUAUGUAGGUGCACUUGU